AUGUCCGAUCACCGCCACCCAUUUAGGCUGCUAGUGCCGCGACCAGGCCAAGUGCUGGGUCUGGUGGGCACGAAUGGCAUUGGCAAGUCAACGGCGCUCAAGGUGCUGGCAGGGCUGAUGGACCGCCCGCUGCCAGUGCCGCGACCAGGCCAGGUGCUGGGCCUGGUGGGCACGAAUGGCAUUGGCAAGUCAACGGCGCUCAAGGUGCUGGCAGGGAAGCUCAAACCCAACCUCGGGCGAUUCAGUGUGAGCACCCAGCCCCUCUUCUCUCUCCAAUUCUCGCGUCCAUUCCUUCUUUUCACUCCAAUCCUCGCCCUUUCCUUUCUACUCGUAUUAAUACUAUUAGCUGCUCCUUAUCCACCCCCUCCCUUUCUCCCAUCCCCCCACUCCCUUUCUGCCUCUCCCCUUGCAUGCACACCCCCACCCCCCUUCCCUCCUUCUCAAAUGUCUCUCCUCUUUUCCCUUUCACUCUUAUUAUCACCCCGCAACCCCCCUGACUGGCAGGAGAUUCUGACCUACUUCCGAGGGUCUGAGCUCCAGAACUACUUCACUCGCAUUCUGGAGGAUAACCUGAAGGCCAUCAUCAAGCCACAGUACGUGGACCACAUUCCCAAGGCGGUCAAGGGGUUGGUGGGCGCAGCCAUCAUCAAGCCACAGUACGUGGACCACAUUCCCAAGGCGGUCAAGGGGUUGGUGGGCGCAGCCAUCAUCAAGCCACAGUACGUGGACCACAUUCCCAAGGCGGUGAAGGGACUGGUGGGCGUGGUGCUGACAGAAAAGGACGAGCGUGAUGCCAAGGAUGAACUCUCGGAAGUGUUGGAGCUCAAGCAGGCGGUGAGGGGGUUGGUGGGCGUGGUGCUGACAGGGAAGGACGAGCGCGAUGCCAAGGAUGAGCUGUCGGAAGUGCUGGAGCUCAAGCAGGUGUGGGAGCGUGAGGUGGAGCAUCUCUCAGGAGGAGAGCUGCAGCGGUUUGCCAUCGGGGUGGUGGCGGGGCAGCUGGGAGACAUCUACAUGUUCGAUGAGCCCUCCAGCUACCUGGACGUGCGGCAGCGGCUCAAGGCAGCCCAGGUCAUCCGCUCGCUGCUGCGCCCUGAUAGAGCACGAUCUGAGUGUGCCACGAGAUACGUGAUUGUGGUGGAGCACGACCUGAGUGUGCUCGACUAUCUCUCCGACUUCAUCUGCUGCCUCUACGGCAAGCCGGGUGCCUACGGGGUGGUCACACUGCCCUUCUCAGUGCGAGAGGGCAUCAACAUCUUCCUCGCCGGCUUUGUGCCAACCGAGAACCUGCGCUUCCGAGACGAGUCGCUCACCUUCAGGGUGGCGGAAACCCCAGUGGAUAAUCCCGAGGAGGCCAAGACGUACACGCGCUACAAGUACCCGCGCAUGGUCAAGAAGCAGGGCGGGUUUAAGCUGACGGUGGAGCCGGGGGACUUCACGGACUCACAGAUCGUGGUGAUGCUGGGGGAGAACGGCACCGGCAAGACCACCUUCAUCCGCAUGCUGGCGGGUCUGUUAAAGUCUGACCCGGACGAAGCAACCGGCAAGGAGGCGGCGAAUCUCCCCGAGUUCAGUGUGUCGUACAAGCCGCAGAAGACCAGCCCCAAGUUCCCUGCCUUACUCUCCUCCCUCCCUCCUCUCCUCUCCUCUCCUGCUGGUCUCUUAAAGGCUGACCCGGACGAGGAGACCGGCAAGGAGGCCGAGGACCUGCCGGAGUUCAACGUGUCGUACAAGCCGCAGAAGAUCAGCCGCAAGUUCCCUCUUUCGAUUCUCUUUCCCCGACUCCUUUCCCUCCCCUCUCCUGUCCUGUCUGCUUCUCAUCCCUUGCAGGCGGGUCUGUUAAAGUCAGACCUGGACGAGGAGACGGGCAAGGAGGCCGAGGACCUGCCCGAGUUCAACGUGUCGUACAAGCCGCAGAAGAUCAGAUCAGCCCCAAGUUCCCCUUCCCGUGCUCAUUCUCCUUCCCCUUCCCUUCCCUCUUUGAUCUCCCAUGUCCCUCCUAUCACACAGGCUGGUCUCUUAAAGUCGGACCCGGACGAGGAAACCGGCAAGGAAGCGGAAGAUCUCCCGGAGUUCAACGUGUCGUACAAGCCGCAGAAGAUCAGCCCCAAGUUCCCGCACAGCGUGCGCGCGCUGCUGCACUCCAAGAUCCGCGACUCGUUCCACCACCCGCAGUUCAACACGGACGUGCUGCGCCCCAUGCAGAUCGACCCGCUGUUAGACCAGGAGGUGGUGAACUUGUCGGGUGGGGAGCUGCAGCGCGUUGCCAUCACGCUGUGUCUCGGAAAGGAGGUGGUGAACCUGUCUGGUGGGGAGCUGCAGCGUGUGGCUAUUACCCUCUGCCUUGGCAAGGUGAGAAAGGGCACACAGACAGGUGUGAGCUGGGUGGGUGGUGGUGGGGCACACCCCUCCUUCCACCACCCGCAGUUCAACACCGACGUGCUGUGCCCCAUGCAGAUCGAUCCUUUGUUGGACCAGGAGGUGGUGAAUUUGUCAGGAGGAGAGCUGCAGCGCGUGGCCAUCACUGUCUCGGAAAGCUAUGUGGUACGGGCCAACCAGGUGUGUCCAGGGGCGGAUGGUGGUGGGACCCCUCCCUCCUCCCACCACCCUCAUUCCCUCUUCCCCUUCCUCCCCUCUCCAGCCUGCCGACAUCUACCUGAUCGAUCCUCGGCCCAUCUCGACUCGGAGCAGCGCAUUGUGGCGGCCAAGGUGAUCAAGAGGUCCAUCCUGCACUGGCAUUCCCCUCUUCCCUCUGGCUCCCUCUUCCCUUUCCCGAAUGCAGCCCGCCGACAUCUACCUGAUCGACGAACCCUCGGCCUACCUGGACUCAGAGCAGCGCAUCGUGGCGGCCAAGGUCAUCAAGCGCUUCAUCCCUCUCUCCCCACACUCCCCCCCCCUUCCCCCUGUGCUGCUUCCCACCAGCCUGCCGACAUCUACCUGAUCGACGAACCCUCGGCCUACCUGGACUCAGAGCAGCGCAUCGUGGCAGCCAAGGUGAUCAAGCGGUUCAUCCUGCACGCCAAGAAGACAGCGUUUGUGGUGGAGCACGACUUCAUCAUGGCCACGUACCUGGCGGACCGCGUCAUCGUGUACGAGGGGCAGCCGUCGGUGGAUUGCACGGCGCGCACGCCCCAGUCCCUCAACAGCGGGAUGAACCUCUUCCUCUCGCAACUGGACAUCACGUUCAGAAUGGACCCCACCAACUUGCGGCCGCGCAUCAACAAGAGGGAAUCUGUCAAGGACCGCGAGCAGAAGGCCGCCGGCACGCCCAUGGGAGCUGUACCCUUGGAGGGUGCACUCUUGGACCCCUUUCUCACUCCCCAACUGGACAUCACGUUCAGGAGGGACCCCACCAACUUGCGGCCGCGCAUCAACAAGAGGGAAUCUGUCAAGGACCGCGAGCAGAAGGCCGCCGGCACACAUGGGAGCUGUACCCUUGGAGGGUGCACUCUUGGACCCCUUUCUCACUCCCGUUUUCACCCCUGUUGUCUCUUCUGUCCCCCCCCCCCACCAUCAACACCCCUCCCCCCACCCCAUCAGCAACUGGACAUCACGUUCAGGAGGGACCCCACCAACUUGCGGCCGCGCAUCAACAAGAGGGAAUCUGUCAAGGACCGCGAGCAGAAGGCCGCCGGCACACAUGGGAGCUGUACCCUUGGAGGGUGCACUCUUGGACCCCUUUCUCACUCCCGUUUUCACCCCUGUUGUCUCUUCUGUCCCCCCCCCCCACCAUCAACACCCCUCCCCCCACCCCAUCAGCAACUGGACAUCACGUUCAGGAGGGACCCCACCAACUUGCGGCCGCGCAUCAACAAGAUGGAAUCUGUCAAGGACCGCGAGCAGAAGGCCGCCGGCACACAUGGGAGCUUUUUCAUUCCCGUUCACACCACUGUUCUCGCUCCUGCGCGACCCACCAACUUCCGGCCGCGAAUCAACAAGAUGGAAUCUGUGAAGGACCGCGAGCAGAAGAAUGCCGGCACCUACUACUACCUCGAUGACUGA